AAAAAAUCGCCCACCUCUCAGAAACCCCAAACCCUGCAGUCUUUCUCCAAAUCCACAGACACAUUUCAUUCACAUCAGAAAUUGCCCUCCCUUGCUCGCAAGUUCAUCACAAAGGAUGCCCUCUCACGUGGAUGAUUUGGAUGCUUCACUUAACGAAGUCAUGCGACAACCUGUGGAUGGAGCAGAUGUAUAUGGUACUGGGCUGAAGAAUGAAAUUGGAGAAUCCAAACGUUUUCUAAAUGUUAUCGUACAGUCGUUAUGGCACUUAAGACGGUUUCGAGAUGAAUUCCUGGGGCGAUCAACAUCAGCACAUGUUCAUGUUGGGGAUCCUUGCGUUACAUGUGCACUACAUGAUAUUUUUACUGCCUUGAGCGUGGCAUCUACAGACAUGCGUAGAGAAGCUGUUGCCCCCACUUCUCUUAGGGUUGCUUUAAGCAACUUGUAUCCAGAUAGUAAUUUCUUCCGGGAGGCUCAGAUGAAUGAUGCUUCUGAAGUUUUGGGAGUAAUAUUUGAUUGCCUUCAUCGUUCAUUUACAUCUGGUCUGGAUGUUUCGGUAGAAAGUAAUUGCACAAGCUCUUGGGACUGCAAUAACACUGCUUGUAUUGCCCAUUCUCUUUUUGGAAUGGACAUUUAUGAGAGAAUGAAUUGCUACAACUGUGGUUUGGAGUCCAGACACCUGAAGUACACUUCUUUCUUUCAUAAUAUCAAUGCCAGUGCCCUAAGAACAACCAAGGUGAAUCACCAACUGGCUUGUGACCUGGAGGCUGGUGGAUGUGGGAAGCUUAACCAUAUUCAUCAUAUUCUUUCAACUCCACCACAUGUUUUCACAACAGUUCUGGGCUGGCAGAACCCUUGUGAGAGUGCUGAGGACAUAACAGCAACACUGGCAGCUCUAGCCACUGAAGUAGAUAUUGGUGUCCUUUAUCGGGGACUUGAUCCACAAAACAAACAUUGCUUGGUGUCAGUGGUUUGCUAUUACGGGCAACAUUACCAUUGCUUCGCUUAUAGUCAUGAUCAUGAACAGUGGGUGAUGUAUGAUGACGAAACUGUAAAGGUAAUUGGUAGCUGGGGCGAUGUUCUCACCAUUUGUGAGCGAGGACGUUUGCAACCUCAGGUUCUCUUCUUCGAGGCUGUAAACUAGUUUCUAUCUCGAAGUUAUCAAUCAGUUGGUGCGCGUGGAUUUCCAGGUAAAUGCCCCAGGGCAUACAACAUUACAGCAGAAGCAAAUACUCUCUCUCUCUCUCUCUCUCUCUCUGUGUGUGUUAUAUGAAGGUUUUGUACCCCCCCCCCAAAAAAAAAAGUAACAGAUUGAAGGACCCUUUUGUGGGUUUUUGUUGGGUGUAGGUCACUUACUCUCGGGCCAAUGGAAAUGGAAUUGGGGAUUGAAUA